GGGCUUAACAAUGUCUACCCUUCUGCUGGUCGUGGGUGUUAUCUUAGGAGUUGCUUACAUUUACCGUCAUGUGGUGGUGAAGGGAAAGCGGUGCACAAGUAAAACAAAGCUGCAUGGGAAAACUGUGAUUGUGACCAGCAGCAACACAGGCAUUGGGAAAACUACUGCCAUAGAUCUGGCCAAAAGAGGAGCCAGAGUGAUUCUGGCCUGUCGCAGUAAGCAGAGAGGAGAGGCUGCCCUUGAGGAAGUCAAGAAGGAGAGUGGCAGUAAUCAGGUGGUGUUCAUGCCGUUGGAUCUGGGGAGUCUCAAGUCUGUUCGUAGCUUUGCUGAAACCUUCCUGAAGUCUGAACCCAGACUGGACAUCCUCAUCAACAAUGCAGGUAUUUACCUACAGGGUCGAACAGAGGACGGACUGGGGAUGAUGUUUGGCAUCAACCACAUUGGUCACUUCCUAUUAACCAACCUGUUACUGGACCGGCUGAAGGAGUGUGAACCUAGCAGAGUGGUCAUCCUGUCGUCUAUGGCACAUAACUUUGGAAAAAUAGAUUUUGACUGCCUGAACACCCACAAAGCUCUGGGACUGGGGACCUCAUCAAUGGAGGUUUUGCAGGUCUACUCCGAUAGCAAGCUGUGCAACGUCCUCUUCAUCCAUGAGCUGGCCAAGAGACUGCAGGAAACCAAGGUCACCUGCUACAGCCUCCAUCCGGGAGCAAUCAACUCUGAGCUGGCAAGGAACGCAGGCUCCGUAUUCAAAAUGCUCCUGAAGCCUGUGACUGCGUUUUUCUUUAAAAACACUGUUCAGGGAGCCCAGACCACCCUGCACUGUGCUCUCCAGGAGGGGAUCGAACCUCUCAACGGACGUUACUUCUCUAACUGCACUGUGAAAGAAGUCUAUGCUAAAGCCAAGGAUGACGCUGCAGCAAAGAAGCUGUGGGAGCUCAGUGAGAGACUGUCUGGUCUUGCAUAAAAAGCCUUCCACGAAAUUUCUGAUAUUGGGUUGUUUUUGUUCUGUUAAAUAUAAAUUAUGGGAAGAUAUCCUCACACACACAUAACAUGAAAAAGUGGGCUUGCAGCCAAUAUUAGGCAAGAAAUGUAAGGUAAAGUUUUGCCACUCUGACUAUCUGGGAGUUGCCGUCACGCAAUCCAUAAAAAUCCAUGUCUGUGAUUGGUUGCAUAAUGUAUGCACAAGGUGUGUAAUCAAAGAUAAGGCAAUAAGUGAUUAUGUAACAGCUUGUUAAAAUGUAAUAAAUCCCCAGAUUUUAAUUAGAUUUAUUAGAGUUAUUGAUGGCCAAUAUAAAUAAAAACAUUACAACUUUUUUUUUUUUUUACAGUGCCUUAAAAAGCAUUUUAUUCUUUUAAGCGAGGGGUUUCUACAUGAACAUUCUAACUUAUUCUAUAACCACACCGGUUAUUUGACAUGAAAGGUUUCUGGUUUCACUGGUUUAGAGUUUGCUGAGGUGUGUUAGAGAAGGUGAUGACAGGUAUUACAUGUGAGACAAAUUAUUUUUGGGCAAUGAAUUCAUGUUCAGAUCAUAUCAAAGGUUUAUUUUCUGUGCCGUCAUUUUGGAUUUGAGUGGGUACGUUUGCUCAAAAGAUUUGUGCUUUGUCUCUUUAGUGGCACUUCACAUUGAUGCUUUUAAUUGUCACAGUCUCUGAACAUAUGAGACAUACUGGUUUUAAACUGCCCGUGUCAUGUUUUUUUGUUUCUUCCAUUUUAUUUUGACUUUCCCUGCCUCUUGUGUCCUGUGUUAACUUCACUGCCUGUCCUUGUCUGUUUCCCACUACUGUGAUUGUCUGCCCUGCCAUUGAUUGAACCCUGCUGUGUCUCAUCACCUGCACCCUCCCAGUGUACUGAACAAACAAUAACUCCGUGCAUGAAGGUAUGCUUCGUAAUUA